GGCGCAUGCGCGUUCUGCCGACGCCAUCUCUGAAACUACUGUACCUGUUAUGUACUUGUCUCAGAGUUAAAUAAAUGCUAAUUUGUGGUAAAAACUUUAGUUAAACGAUGGAAUUAUUGUGUCGCGAGUGAGAUUAAGUGUUUGUUCACAGUUGUAUACUGGUGUGGUGUUAUUUUAUGUACUAGAACAGCGGUGGGUCAUAUCUUGCGGAACUUUCUUGGCCCAUAGCAUCGCAUAUUUUUUGCGGCUAUCUGUGCCGCAGUCAUCACACUGGGAUAUUUCAUGGGCGUUUAUCGUCGAAACAGCUAGUGCUUGUGUAUCUUCAAUUGGGCGGCAUAGAGACGCGUUUGAUAUGAAUUCUGCUUUAAAGCCGGUGCUGCCCCAGCCGGGGGUGCCGCAGCCGGGAGGUCAAGCGAGUCCGGCAAAGGGCAACGUGGCGACAGUGAACCACGCAGUGGGACACCCGCAGGGCGCGCAGAACUCCCUGCAUCACGGCACCAACAACCUGGUCGGGCAGAACUUGACGCAUCACGCGCCGCCGCCGCAGUUGCUACCGCACGCCGCGCCCUCCAUGGCGCCGGUCUCUGCCAACAUGGCGCAGAUGGCACAAAAUAUGAGUCACCACGGCAACCUCUCUCAUGUCACUCAGAACUCUGUUCCUCCCACAAACUUGGUCGCCAGUCCCAAUAAAACUGCAAGCACCAGUGCACCACUCAGCUUGGUCCAGGAUAAAGUUAACACAUCACAACCUCUUGCUUUAACCCGAACUCCCGAGAAGAAAGAACCUGACUCCACAGGUCAUUCAAAUGGUACUAUUGAUUCUCCAAAACCUGCUUCAAAUGCUACCACUGGUCUUAAACCACAAAAUCCUGAACCCAACAAAGAGAAGCAGGACAUUGCUAAGACAUCUCCUAGUACACCAAAACCUCCUGAAAAACCAAACAGUGCUCCAAGUACACCACAAAAAACGGAAACUGCUAAUCCUGUAGGACAAACAGAUGGUCCUGCUCAACCUAAAGUGGCCACAGCCAAUGAACCAGCAGAAAAAACACCCAAGCCAACUGAGCUGAAACCGGCACCAACAGCUGACAUUGCUCCCACACAAAGUGACAACAAGCCUGUGCCAGAAUCUGCAAAUGACAGUCAGUUACAAGAGAAAACAGCCAUACCUCCCAAACAAGAUGAUGAACAAAAGGUAGCUGUUGCUGAAAGUGCUAAAAUUGAAAGCCCUGCUAAGCCAGAAGAAAAGAAAGAAGAACCUAAAGUUGAGAAACCACAGACUACUGCAGAAGAUAAAAAAGAAGAUGUCAAGGUUGAUAAACCAGAACCUACAAAGAAAGAGGAAGUUGAACCACAGAAGACAGAAGAAAAGCCAGAGGAAAAGAAACCUGAGGUUAAGGUUCCCGCCAAAACUGAAGUGAAAGUUACUCCAAAGUCCACAUUGAAGUUAGCAACAGUGACUCCUCCAAUGAGAAAAAGACGACAACCAUCACCAAGCAGCAAGCCUUCUGACGGCCCAAGUUCUGCUAAAAAACCUGCUGAAGGGGAUACCACACCUGAUGCCAGAUCAAAGAGAAAUAGAACACAGGUGCAGCUGUACCAAUCUCCAACUCCUGAGCUCGCCAUGGCGACCAAGCUCUCGGCGUCGGCCGGCCGUUCAACACCCACCAAGCCUAAUGAUGACAAACUCAUUGUCUUUUAUAAGAAUGAAUAUCUGGCCGUCCGCAACGCUGAAGGCGGCUUCUACGUGUGCCAAACGAUGCAGAAUGUGUACCGCACCACACGCAAGAUCAAGAUCCGCUGGCUCUCCCAGGAUAAGGCUGCGGACCCUUCAGGGGAUACCUACAAGCCAGACUUCUAUGACGUCACUGACAUGGAGUGCGUGCUGACGACGUUGUCGCUGACACGUGCCGGCAGCGGAGGCGCCCAGCUGCUGAAGGCCGGCGAGCGAGCCCGAGCUUCCUCCAUCUUGGAGCGCGCGCUGCGAGCUGAGGUGACUCCGCGAGACCAGCUGCAGCUGACUGAAGAGCACCCUGAUGGCUUGGAUCUGUCUCUGUACACGGAUGAGUCCCAAUUGGAGAAGAAGUCGCGCAAACGCACCAGUUCGAAAUCGUCGCCUCGCGGCAAUCAGGACGACGCUAAUGAGACUGCCAAGGUCGCGACAACGCCCGCCAAAAAGGCGCGAAUGACGCCAAAACGCAGUCCGAAAAGCGCGCGCAAAACAAAAACACCGCCAACAAAACAGAAAACAAAUAAAAGAAAAUCGGCAGGUAGUACGCCCUCUGUGGCGAACACAAGCAAGGUAGGCAUAGUACAACGGAUAUAUAGAAAUACUGCAACGGCGGUAACAGAGAAAUCUAAAACUAAAAGUUCACCCGCCAAAAGAACUCCCGCCAAACAGGCAAAAGAACCAACGACCACGCCCACGCGCAAAGGAAGAAGGGCGGGUAAAGAGAGCAAAGCGUCUCCCAUAGUGCCGACCCCUUCGACCUCAACAGGCAAGACCACACGCACGCCGAGGAAACCGCCCGCGAAAAAAUAAUACACGUUCUAUACCCUCAUCUCCUUACUGUUAGCCUCCAGUGAAUGGACACUAAACACGUGCGCCGACAUUGGGUUUGUACUUCAUUCAUUCACAACAAUAAUUUAUUUGUAACAGUUACAUUUUGGCAUAAUGAGACUUUGUCCUUAGCCUCUUAUUUUUUUUCAGUACAAUUUUGGCGGUUAUAUUCUUUUAAAAAGUACACUGUAGCUCUAUUGUUGCACUUUAUUGAUUUGUCAUGGAAAGUUUUGUAUAAGUUUAUAUUAUUUAUAAGUGAACAGUCAAAUUAUGAACUACAGUAUGGUGUGGGAUCCAUACUAAUGUACUCAAUUUGCGAGGUUUUUUCUUGUUUUUUUCUGUAAUUAUGAAUUCUAAGAUAUAUUAAAAAUUAAAUUUAAAAGAAUAAAAGUAAAUUUCCGCCUUUAAAUCGCUAUAGUUUAGUAUCCAAUAUUGUAUUACAACACAACAUAACAGACUUACAGGUUGUUUGGAAUAAUUGGGUAAUUUUUUCUCUUCAAUAAUGGCAACUUCACUCCAUAUUCAAUGGAUAUGUUGCUCGCAAAACAGAAUACGGUGUUGCCAGCAUUUCCCCAUUCUGUUCAGUUUUAAAUACUAUCAAAUGUGGGUAAUUUUAGACAUGGACCUACCAAUGGUUCUAACAAUCAUAUGCUUAUCACAAUAGGACGGGGCGAUUGAGAUUACAAGAAACAUAUUAGGUAUAUAGUUCUACAGUUUAUUUAUCUCGGUUUAAUCGCGAGCGACGAACUGUCAUUGAAUUCACUACACUUUUGAGAUAAUGAUGUGACCAGUUAAAAAAAAACAAUUUGUUGAAACGUACGCAAUACUAUGACCAUGAAAUUAAUAUGACAAGAAAGCUAUAAGAAAGAAAAAUAUAAUAACAAGUUAAAAAUAUGCACUUAUAUGUUAGGCGGUACUAACUAAUGUGUAUUUAGAAGUUGACUGAAGAAAUCCGAAAUGUAAAGUCUAUUAAGCAACCAUAGUAUUUACCUAUAUAUUUAUAUAUAUAUUUACCAUAAAACAUUCUGUUUUAUCCAAUUCAUUGUUAUACAAUAUUUCUUUUAAAUAGACGUCAAAUAUAUAGAUAUAGAUAUAGAGUAAUAAUAAAAAUAAAUAUUUUUAGAUGUUAAGUCAUAAUAAAUAAUUAAUAAAGAAAAAUGAGAGAACUAUAAUAUUCGAAGUUCAAAAAAAAGAUUUAAUUAAUUAAAGGUUGUCUACGAAGAUAUAUAGAAUAUCACAGUAAUAUCUGUAAUAUAUUACAACAAUUAUCCUGAUAUCGAGCUAUUAUGUUGUGUUGGGUUAUGACGAAAUUAGAUGUGUUGCCAUGUAUAAUUUUUGAUGACACCGAUCAUCAUAAGAUUAAAAUAAUAUUAUAUAAAAACUAUAAAGCAAUAAAUGACUGAGGAUAUAUAUACUGCGUGUUAAGUGGACUAAACAUUAUUUUUUAUUACUUUUCAUGGAAUAUAGACGUUAUUUGGUAGUAGAAAAUUUACUAUUGUGCGACUGUAUAUGUCAGACAGAUUUAUUUUUUUACGUCAUUAUUAUUACGUAAAUAAAUAUAAAAAAAAAUGGGAAGUAUAAUCUUUUGACCUUCGCCUGUUUCAUAAGAGAAUGCGAACAAAAUAAUAUAUUGAAUAAUGUAUUUGUUUCUAUUAAAUAUAUUUUAUAAUUAAUAUUUUGACUCGUUGCUAUGAAUUGGUGUAUACUUAAUGUUAUAAAUAAUUAAAUAUACCAUUUGUAGUGAACAAACUAAGAAUAAUGCAUGCAGUAUAUUAUUCUCUAUGGAUUAGCUAUUUUCAAUAAAAAAAGAACAUACGUCUGUGUUACUUAACUAUAGUAAAUUGCAGAAACAGUGCCCUGUUCCGUGUACUUACAACUUUAAAAUACACACUUUAUAAAUUAAUAUGAUUUAGGUUAAGCGUUCAAAGUCACUUAACUUUGUAAUAUUGAUAAAUUUAACUUCUAUUUGAAAUGAAAGUGAAUUGAAUAAGGUAACAGAAUAAUUUGACUAACGUAACUAACUAGUAAAUGUAAGAAUUCUAGGGGUUCACUGUAAAUAUUACAAUUUAUUAACAAAACAAAAAAAUUGUUAACAAAUUUAUUAUUAUCAGGUGUAUGGAGUAAGUUCAUUAGUAUAUAUAAGAAAUUAAAAUCAAUAUGAACAAAAACAGUUUUUUUUUAUGAAUUCUACAUAUAUUUAUACUAAAAUCUAAAAUGAUCUAGAACAAUCGAUAGAACAUUAUUUGUUUAAAGAAUAAAUAUGCAGUUUCAUUGAAUAGAGUGAAUGUAAUUACUCCAUAUACCAUGCGAUUUGGUCAGCUAUUUUACGUUGGCAUAUAUUUUGUGCGUUGGCGAGGUAUAUUUGCCUCUGUUAACAUUAGGCAAUAGUUUUAGAUGUUUUAAUUUGUAAGUUUAGGCUAAAAAUUCUAAAUAAAGCGAGAGUAUUCGAUUAGGUAAUGCGAUGGAAUCAUGGAAUAUCAGUACAAAGAAUUUAAAUAUUAUCAAAGUGACAUUUUUAUCAUUGGACAAUUUGGAUUUAUGUAAGAGUAUAUUUUGAUAUGAUCGGUGUUUGUUUGUCUGUCAACGAUUGUGGAGUAGUACUGUCCGGUUUACACUGCGUUUCCACCGUAGUAUUAUAUAUAUGUAUUAAAAAUAUGUCUAAAUAAUACAUGUGUACGGUCAUUUCAUUCAAAUGAAGGUAUACAAAAACAUGUAUUUAUAAAGUAUGUUUGCAAUAUGUUUUCAUGCUUGGAUGUGUUAAAAGUCUGCAAACAUACAACGAAUGAAAUAAGGAAUCCAUAGAUAUAUAAUGAAUGUAUUACAUUAUCAUAUGUGGGAUAAAACCUAGAAUAUUUAAAUACCAUUAUAAAAUUAUACAAAAACCUGUGUAUCUUAUGAGUAAUGUAGUCAGGUCAGUUUUAAACUGUAACCUGUAUUUAUUCAAAAUCUAGAAAUAAUGCAGUUUAUGUGAUAAUGUGAUACAAACAAGUUUCAAGUGCAAGUUGCAUAAGGGUGGAAACGCGUGGAUAAGAUUGCAAUACAUUCAGAGGCGUAGCUAAAUACCUAAAGCCCUGGUACGAAGCUGGACCUGACUAUGGUAAACUGUAGGUUUUAUCAAGGCUAAAUAUAAAACAAGUUGGCGACAGUAGACUAAUAAUCUUUUUUUUUAAGAUAUUUUACUGCUCUGGAAGGUAGUUCUUAUGAACAGUUUAAAUUAUCGUUUCAGCGAUACUAGACUAAUAAUGACAACUUUUUUAAGACAUUUUUCUGCUCUGGAAGGUAGUUCUUAUGAGCCCAGAAUAGUUUAAAUGGUCGAGCGCAUAGUAGCUUAUUUUAUUUACAUACAUUGAGUGUUUGAGAAUUUUUUAACACUUCAAUUUUUUGAUGGUCUUUCUUUGAGGGUCUUGGGAUGAUUAGGGGUGUAAUGUAAGGCUGUGUCUAGCCCUCCGGUAGCUACGCCACUGAAUUAAUUAUAUAAAAUAUAUAGAAGUCGCUAGGAAUGAUUGUUACCUGCCUGUCUGGACCAAAAUUGCAUUGUAAAUUAUAUAAUUUUCAAUUAUCAGUGUACAUACCAAAUGUAAAAUGAUCACUGCCUAUUGUAAAAAUAAAUCUGGAGACCUAGAUAGAUCGAAUCUAUAUACCGCUAUUAGUGAAUUUCUCAGAUUAUUACUCAGUUUAUUAUUUACGGUUCCGUAGGUACAUAUUAAUAUUAAUUCUAACUUUUUAAAACCAGUAUUUGUAUGAAAAUUUAUCGGUGUGUUUAAUUUUCAUAUAGAUAGAAUGUAUUUGCAGCUUUAUAGUUUGCGCCUGUGAGUCUAAUAUUGCCUACGGAUACCUUUCGAUUUACUUUUGUAUGUCUUUAACGAUAUAUUUAUCUCGAUUAUGUUACAUCACUUGAUUUGUUAGUUUAGUUGGUUAUAUUGUAUAAACAUAAGUUUGGAGACGUACAUAGUGGCCCUUAUUUUUGUUAAUUUUUUUUAUUCUGUCUGCGUUGUUUGUUGUCCGGUGAGCCAGCUCCGUGCGAGCGUGCGUGUGUGUGAAACUAUAGAAAAAUUAAGUACCUAAAGUUUAGGUGGUAUUUUUAAUAUUAGGUUAAUUUCUAAAAAGGAAAAAGCUUAGAUUAUAAAUUAUUGUGCGUGUAUUUUCUGUUUAUAAUGUGUACCUAUGUGGAGAGAAUGUGAGACGCAUGGCCCUCUGGUACAAUAGUUGUAAAACAUAUUUUAGCGUUUUAUACAAAAGAUAUCAAGUUCAAGAGUACUAUUGUAACAGAAAGUCCACAAAUUUAUAUGCAAUUAAAUAUAAUAAUUUAAGAA